GCCCUUAACCCUAAAAUCCUCCCAGUCUUUUUCCCACCCCUAGCUCGACCGUGAUACGUCACUUUUGAAGCCAAUCGGGUUCAUAAUUUGGAAGACUCUGUCAUCGAUGGGUGAAUCAGUGAAGGAUGUGCAAUUCAAGGAGCUUGAUAGCGUGGUCUGGCCCUCGGGGUGUGAGGCUUCGAAGCACAUGGACGAGGUUAAAGUUGCUAGGGUUGAUGGGUUAGUUAAGGCUGGAGAACCUGCUCCUGCUCCUACCAGUCUUGAGACAGUCCAAGAGUUAGCAAAAGAAACUGGAUCUUCCGAUGAGCAAAUUUCAGCCCAAAAUGGGCUUGAUGAUGCCUUGAAAAGGCGGCUGCAGAAGCUUAUUGACGAUAAUCUAGUCAUGCUUUUCAUGAAAGGAACCCCUGAGGAGCCCAAAUGUGAAUUUAGCAGAAUGACUGUUAAUUUUUUGAAUGAUUAUGAGGUCGAAUUUGGAAGUUUUGAUCUUCUUACAGACAAUGAAGUCAUGAAGGGGAUACAAAAGUAUUCCAACCGGCCGCAAUUACCAUAUAUCUAUUUCGACGGGAGAGCUUGUGAUUUACAUCAGUUAAGGACUUUUCAUUAGAUUACACAAUAGAAAAAUUGCGCAAGAGAAAGCACUGAACUUUUGCCAAAUGUGAU